CUUGGAAGGUUUACUCUCAAAAGCUGGGAACAUAAGAGAGACUAUGGUGGAGACAGACAAAGGCAUUCUAUCUGAAGAAUGGCUGGGGAGUUUCUCAGGAAGAUCUCAAGAAACUGUUUCCUUCCAAAAUGAAUUGGCUGCAAGAGCAGAUGUAGAGGAGACACCUGGGGAAUUCCAGGGCUUCACUUCGGAAAAACCCGAGAAUGAAGAUGCCGAAGGACACUAUGGAGAUGGACCACAGAGGCAGGAGGGAAGCCACACAGGUGACAAUGAGAGGAAUGAGGAGGAUGAGAAACUGCAUCCUCAAUCACCAGAUGAAGUCAAGAAUGAAGACUUGAGAGGAAACUUCAGCAAUCAAGUUGGACCUAAGAGGAGGAAAAACCAGAUGGUCAAGGAGACGGGUAAACCCAUUCCUUGCCAAGGGGAGGAUUUCCAAGAAGAAAUUCACAUGGUGAAGGAAACAUACAAGUGCUUGGUGUGUGGAAUGAACUUCUCAGAUCAAUCCCAGUAUAAGGUCCAUUUACAAAUACACAUUGAAAAGAAGACUCAUCAAUGGCUGGAGUCUGGAAAGACCAUGACUCGGAGAGCACAGUUCCUUCGAUAUGAAAAAACACAUCCAGGAGAGAAACCUUAUAGUUGCUCAGUGAGUGGCAAGAGAUUCUCAGAGAAAGCAGACCUUUUUCAACACCAAAGGAUUUGCUCUGCAGAGAAGCUACUUACUAGCUCAGAGGCUGGAAUAGCAUUCUCUGAAGGAGGAAACGGAAAUAUAGAUUUUUCAAAGUACAGUAUAGUAGAUGCACAUAAAUGUUUUUGGUGCAGAAAGUACUUCAGAUACAGAUCACAACUCCUUGUGCACCAAAGAAUCCACAGAGGGGAGAAGCCUUUUGAAUGCUCAGAGUGUGGAAAGAGAUUCAGUCACAAUGGUAAUCUUCAUCAGCAUCUGAGAACCCACACAGGGGAGAAGCCUUUUGAAUGCUCAGAGUGUGGGAAGGGAUUCCGUCGGAGUGCCCAUCUUCAAAAUCAUCUAACAACCCACACAGGGGAGAAGCCUUUUGAAUGCUCAGAGUGUGGGAAGAGAUUCGGUUACAAUGGCAAUCUUCAACAGCAUCUGAGAAUCCACAGAGGGGAGAAGCCUUUUGAAUGCUCAGAGUGUGGGAAGAGAUUCAGGCACAAUGGCAGUCUUCAACAGCAUCUGAGAACUCAUACAGGGGAUAAGCCUUUUGAAUGCUCUGAGUGUGGAAAGAGAUUCUGUCAGAAUGGCGCUCUUCAAAAUCAUCUAACAACCCACACAGGGGAGAAACCUUUUGAAUGCUCAGAGUGUGGGAAGAGAUUCAGGCACAAUGGCAAUCUUCAACAGCAUCUGAGAACCCACACAGGGGAGAAGCCUUUUGAAUGCUCAGAGUGUGGGAAGAGGUUCACUCACAAUGGCAAUCUUCAACAGCAUCUGAGAACCCACACAGAAAAUCUGUUUGAAUGUUCAGACUGUGGGAAGAGAUUCAGCCACAGAAGCACUCUUCAAAAUCAUCUAAGAACCCACACAGGGGAGAAGCCUUUUGAAUGCUCAGAGUGUGGGAAGAGAUUCAGGCUCAGUGGUUAUCUUCAAGAGCAUCUAAGAACCCACACAGGGGUGAAGCCUUUUGAAUGCUCUGAAUGUGGGAAGCGUUUCAUUUCCAGUGUCCAUCUUAAAAGUCAUCUAAGAUCCCACAUAGAGGAGAAACCCUUUGAAUGCAUAGAGUGUGGGAAGAGAUUCAGUUGCAGUGGCAAUCUUCAACAGCAUCUAAGAACCCACACAGGAGUGAAGCCUUUUGAAUGCUCUGAAUGUGGGAAGAGAUUCAUUUCCAGUGUCUAUCUUAAAAGUCAUCUAAGAUCCCACAUAGGGGAGAAACCCUUUGAAUGCUUAGAGUGUGGGAAGAGAUUCAAUCGCAAUGGCAAUCUUCAACAGCAUCUAAGAACCCACACAGGAGAGAAGCCUUUUGAAUGCUCUGAGUGUGGGAGGAGAUGCAGUUAUAGUGGCGAUCUUCAAAGACAUCUAAGAUAUCACACUGGGGAGAAGCCUCUGAUAUGCUCCAUGUGUGGAAAGAGAUUCAAUCACGGCAGCCAUCUUCAGCUGCACCUAAGAACCCACACAGGGGAGAAGCCUUUUGAAUGCUCAGAAUGUAGGAAGGGAUUCAGUCAAAGUGGUGCUCUUAAAAAUCAUCUAAGAAUCCACACAGGGGAGAAACCUUUUGAAUGUUCAGAGUGUCGGAAGAGAUUCAGGCACUCUGGCACUCUUCAAAAUCAUGUAAGAACGCACACAGGGGAGAAGCCUUUUGAAUGCUCAGAGUGUGGGAAGGGAUUCAGUCAGGCUAGCCAUCUUCAAAAUCAUCUACGAACCCACACAGGGGAGAAGCCUUUUGAAUGCUCAGAGUGUAAAAAGAGAUUCAGUCGGAGUGACACUCUUCAAAAUCAUCUAAGAACCCACACAGGAGAAGCCUUUUGAAUGUUCAUUGUGUGGAAAGG